AUGAUCUAUUUACGACAAGAACUUAUAUGCGUGAGCACGUGUGAUAACAAACAGGGAUUCGAACCCCUGUCUGCGGCCCAUAAAAAUUUAGCUUCUCUUGGUUGUGUCACUAAGGCGGCAGUCCAUCGCCAUACCCAGGCCGCUGGACUAUACCCCUGCUUAUUUCUUGUUUCCGUACAGUUUUGGACUAUUCUCAAUCCAAACUCACAUAGUACGGUCUUACAAAAGCUGUAUCUCUGUCUCGGGUCAGGUUUGUUUCUAUCUAUACCUCAGCCUUUCGGGAUAUGCGGCUUUGCUGUUACUUGCCCGUUGUUGCUUAGAAGGACAUUCCAAGCAGAGAUGAUUAAAUUGUCAGCCGCACUUGAAAGCGUUGAUUGGCGCAGCAACUAUUACCGUCGCAGUAGAAUUUCUGGCAGUGUCAUUGAUGAUUUAAUUCCAUUCAAAGAAUUUGAAAAGAUACAUCUUCUUUUCAAACGCAGACUUGUUCGCCAAUAUAACGAAAUGAUAUCCUGCGCUACCAUUCCCGUGACAAUCCCAAAGAAUAGCCCAGGUGGCCUAAUACCCAAGGCCGCAGCCAAAAUCAUCAUCAGCACAUUCCUCCCCCGCGAAUGGCCAGAUGUGGAUCCGGAGACCCUCACAGUGACACGCACCACCGGAUAUGCAAAUACGAACAGUGUUGUGGAGCGACCGAACCCAACUGGCAGCGACACACCCCACGUGGAGCCAUUCAAGGUAUUCCUUAAGAUCCACGGCGAACUUGACGGGGAAAUCGAGGUCUUCGAGCAUUUAGUUCCUAGCAAAUUCGAAGAAGCGCAAUUAAGUCAUGAGUAUGGUCAGUCUGGCCAUGGGGCGAAAGUACUCGGCUUUUUUCAGACUCAGGAUGAUGUCUUCGGGAGGGUCGAUGAGUACUUGGAUGCACGUACCCUGGUACCACAGGAUGUCGAAGACGCUGAUACCCGAGGCGAUGUUGCGAGAGCUCUUGCUACUUUCCAUGCUAUGGAUACCACCAUACUGAAGAGGAGCCCUGUACAGGCAUACUAUGAUGCUGUCACCAGGGAACUUGGCAAGUAUCACGGGAUGGACAAGCUGAAGAGACUGGCACAUGCAGGGGGCAUCUGCUUGGACCAUCUCGUGGAUUAUGACUUCGUGUAUAGACUCCGACGGGUCAUAGAUAAGCUGGAAUCAAUCGGGACAAAGGAAGGAUGGUGCAUUCAUGAUUUCCAAUUUAUGAAUGUCUUGGUGAGGAACAAGCCACAGGCAGGGGAAAGCAAAGUUGUUCUUAUCGACUUCGAAUUUGUGUUUCGCAAUUACAGAGCCUUCGAUAUCGGCGCACACUUCUUGCAGAAGUUGUUCCAAUGGUUCAACGAGGAUAGUCAAAUUGCCGAUUGUCGACCUUAUUCGGACGAGGAAAAGCGGCAUUUUUGCGCGGAAUAUGCAAAACAGUGGAAUCAGAAAACAGGUGACUCGGAUACGGGGGAGCAGGUUUUCGCAGAGGCUGAGCUCGGGUUCAUGCUGGCUAUUACGUUUGAGAUCCACAACAUGCUGUGUUUUAUGGAUCAGGAUGAUGAUAAAGAUCCGUUGAAUCUCUUGUCGCUUGAUAAACUGUAUAGGGAGUUCACCGACCAAUAUGUCAAGCUCGGGCUCGAGCGCUGA